AUGAUGAUAAUGACAAUGAAGAUGUUCACCCUCAUCGCCAACAUUUUCAGCAAUCUUUUUGAUUUCACCAAACCCUUCUGGGUUGAGAAAUGGGAGAAGAAUGCUCGCAAAGGUCUUGAUGAUGAGAUGUUGGUUUUUCAGUGGUUAGAUAUUGAUGCUGAAGGUGAUGAUGAUGACAAUCCUGAUACAGAGGAUGCUGUAUUUCAAUAG